AUGUGCCGCAGAGUCCGUGUCCAUUUUUUGCAUGAAACGGAGCUGAUCAUUUCCUGCCUGUAAACGAAAGUGAAAUUAAGUGUCGAGAUUUUAAAGGCAGAGUCGAAAGUUUGUCAAGAAAUACUUUAUCAAGAUUCUGGAAUAAUUUAAAGAUAUUCUAUGUUUCAAGAGAGAUGACAUUCCAUGUCCCUAGAGCCAACUUCUGCAGCUGAGGAUCCCAGUGAAAGUCCCCGCCUUCGACCACUGCCCAAUUCACACUGCACCCGACCCCUUUGGCCCCUCCUACAGAGGCCCCAGCAGGAAUCAUCUGGUCUGGAUCAGCAUAAAAAUGGAUGGAUCUGCUUCUGAAAUGCGCCCCCCUGUGGGGUGUAACAGAAAGAGCCCUGAGAGUGUCCUGAUGAAGAGAGCAGACUCCCCUGUACCCAGCUGUGUUUCCAUGAAGAGUGACUGGUCAAUGGAGCCUCCACAUGCCUUCAGAGAGGGACCUUUCCCUACAGAUCAAAGAGACCAAAUGGAAGAAUGCAGUUCAGAUCUACAUGAUAAAUCGGGUUUAUCAUCCAUAUUGAAGUUGCUAGAGGAAAAAGCCAUGAAGUUCCUAAAGGAGGAACUGAAGACGUUUGUGAGGUACCUAGAUCAGAAUUACCCAGAAUGCUCUGAGCCUCAGCUGGAGGAGGACAAUGACUUGGACUGUGAUGGUCAGAUGCAGAAGACCAGUGUUAGAGAGGUAGCUCUGAAGAUCACACUGUACAUCCUGAGGACCAUGAAGCAAAAUGAUCUUGCUGACCUGCUGGACAAGAGAAAGCUCAUGCUACAGGAAAUCAAAGCUAAACUUAAGAAGCAAUUUGAGUGUGUAUUUGAAGGGAAAGCUAAGGAAGGACAGCCAACACUUCUCAGUGAGAUUUACACAGAACUCUACAUAACUGAAGGUGGGACUGGAGCAGUCAAUGAUGAACAUGAAGUGAGACAGAUUGAAACAGCAUCCAAGAAAAGGCAAACAGAAGAUACUACAGUCAAGUGCAAUGAUAUAUUUAAACCCUUAUGUGGGCGUGUGACACCUAUCAGAACUGUACUCACUAAAGGGGUGGCAGGUAUCGGGAAAACAGUCUCUGUGCAGAAAUUCAUUCUCGACUGGGCAGAAGGAAAAGCAAACCAGGAUGUUCACUUCAUAUUUGCUCUUCCUUUCCGGGACCUGAAUUUGAUUAAGGGUGAAUACAGUCUGAUUGAACUGCUUCACCACUUUGUCCCAGAACUGAAAUCAUUUCAAUCCACUGACCUGUUUAGCUCCAAAGUCUUGUUCAUCUUUGAUGGUCUGGAUGAGUGUCGCCUUCCUCUGGAUUUUCAGAACAAUGACAGCUGGUUUGAUGUAACAAAGAAAACGUCACUGGAUGUGCUGUUGACUAACCUCAUUAAGGGGAAUCUGCUCCCAUCCGCUCUCCUCUGGAUAACCUCCCGGCCAGCAGCAGCCAAUCAGAUACCUGCUAAGUGUGUCCACCAGGUGACAGAAAUACGAGGGUUCAGUGAUGCCCAGAAGGAGAAGUAUUUCAAGAAGAGAUUUAAUGAUCAGAGCCUGGCCAGCAGGAUUAUCGCACAUGUGAAAUCAUCAAGGAGCCUCUUCAUCAUGUGCCACAUACCUGUGUUCUGCUGGAUUUCAGCCACUGUGCUUAAGAGGCUUAUUAGUGAGACUGACAGGGGAGAAAUUCCAAGGACUCUGACUGAAAUGUACACACACUUCCUGAUCUUUCAGACAAGUUUAAAAAAUGACAAGUAUAUGAAAAACCAUGAAACUAAGCUUAAGGAAUACAGCAAGGAAUUUCUUUUGACACUUGGCAAACUUGCUUUUGACAACCUUGAGAAAGGAAAUCUCAUAUUUUAUGAGCAAGAUCUGACAGAGAAUGGCAUUGAUGUCAGUGAAGAUCCAGUUUACUCUGGAGUGUGCACAGAAGUCUUUAAAGAGGAGUAUGGGUUGUACCAGGAGAAGGUGUACUGCUUUGUGCAUCUGAGCAUCCAGGAGUAUCUUGCUGCUUUAUAUGUGUUUCUGUCAAACUCAUCAGCUGACUUGCUGGAGACUGCAGUGGAUCAGGCAUUAGAGAGCAAGAAUGGACACUUGGACAUCUACCUCCGCUUCCUCCUGGGCCUCUCAACAGACUCCAGUAAGACUCUGUUACAAAGACUACUGAGGCCGACAAGAAUCAGCUCACAUACCAUUAAAGAUACAGCCCAGUACAUCAAGGAGAAAAUACAGGAGAAUUUAUCUCCAGAAAGGACCAUCAACCUGUUCCACUGUCUGACUGAACUGGGUGACAAUUCUCUAGUAGAGGAAGUACAAAGAUACCUGAAUUCAGGAAACAUUUCAGCAGAUGACCUCUCACCUGCACAGUACUCAGCUCUGGCCUUUGUGAUGCUGAUGUCAGAUGAGGAGCUGGAUGUGUUUGACCUGAAGAAAUACAUCAGAUCAGAUAAACAGCACUGCAGGCUGCUGCCUGUGGUCAAGAACUCCAGGACGGCUCUGCUGAACAGCUGUGAUCUCAUAGAUAAACACUGUGAAGUGCUGUCUUCAGCUCUCAGAUCAAACUCUUCCCCCCUGAGAGAGCUGGACCUGAGUGACAAUAACCUGAAGGAUUCAGGAGUGAAGCUGCUCUCUGCUGCACUGGGGGAUUUACACUGUAAACUGGAGAUACUGAGGCUGUCAGGCUGUAGAGUCACAGAAGAAGGCUGUUCUUCCCUGGCUUCAUCUCUGAGAUCAAACCCCUCACACCUGAGAGAGCUGGACCUGAGCUACAAUCACCCAGGAGACUCAGGAGUGAAGCUGCUCUCUGCUGUACUGGAGGAUCUCAGCUGUAAACUGGAGAAGCUGCAGGUGGGCCGGUGUGAACUCACAGAGAAAUGCUGUAAGGCACUGGCUUCAGCUCUCAGAUCAAACUCCUCACCCCUGAGAGAGCUGGACCUGAAUGACAAUGACCUGCAGGACUCAGGAGUGAAGCUGCUCUCUGCUGGACUGGGGGACUUACACUGUAAACUGGAGAUACUGAGACUGUCAGGCUGUAGAGUCACAGAAGAAGGCUGUUCUUCCCUGGCUUCAGCUCUGAGGUCAAACCCCUCACACCUGAGAGAGCUGGACCUGAGCUACAAUCACCCAGGAGACUCAGGAGUGAAGCUGCUCUCUGCUGUACUGGAGGAUCCCAGCUGUAAACUGGAGAAGCUGCAUGUGGAUCACGGUGGAGAGUGCAGGACCAGACCAGGCUUACAGAAAUACUCCUGCCACCUGACGCUGGACCCCAACACAGCACACAGAUUCCUGUCUCUUUCGGGGGGGAACAGGAAGGUGACAUGGGGGGCAGAGCAGCCAUAUCCUGAUCAUCCAGAGAGAUUUGACAGCUGCCCCCAAGUUCUGUGCAGAGAGAGUCUGACUGGCCGCUGCUACUGGGAGGCUGAGUGGGAUGGAGAUGGAGCUGAGAUAGGAGUGACUUAUAAAGGAAUCAGGAGGAAAGGAGUGAGUGACUGUGGGUUUGGAUACAGUGACAAGUCAUGGAGUCUGUGCUGUAAUACUAGCAGUUACUCUGUCCAGCACAAUGAUAAACAGACUCUCAUACCCAUACGGCCUUCAGGCUCCCGCAGAGUAGGAGUGUAUCUGGACUGGGGGGAUGGUGCUCUGUCCUUCUACAGAGUCUCCUAUGAUGGACUGACCCCCCUGCACAGAUUCACCUCCUCAUUCACUGAGUCCCUCUAUCCAGGGUUUCAGGUUUAUAGAAACUCCUCAGUGUCACUGUGACGUGUUGCUGGUUCUCCUGGCAAAAAGGUAAAAUCUCUGCUUUUUAACCUUCAUAAUCCUUUUUACUCUGAAAUGUACAGUACUGUGCAAAAGUCUUAGGCAGGCAAAGAAAAUGAUGUUUAGAUUA